GGCAACGCACCGAUAAGGACGUCGGCUGCCGUUAAGGGCCGUAGAAGAAGACAGAGUUCUGUUGUCCGACCGGUUCGCGGUGAUUCGAGACGUUUGGACGCAAAGUUCCGUCUGAAUGGACGCGGCUCCGAAAUACGUGUCGGGAUUCAAUCUGGACCUGGGUCCGCUCAAAGAACCGCUCGGAUUCAUCCGGGUCCUGGAGUGGGUCUUCACCAUAUUUGCUUUUGCCACCACUGGAGGUUAUUCUGGAUCGACGGACUUCACAGUCAAAUGUCCGGGAGGCCAAGAUACCAAUGUCACGGCUGAGUUUGGCUAUCCUUUCAGGUUGAUGACUCGCCCGUACCAGAUACCGUCGUGUAAUGUUACUGAACCCAGAGAGGCCUAUCUGCAGGGUGACUACUCCUCCUCAGCAGAGUUCUUCGUGUGCGUGGGAGUUUUUGGGUUCCUUUAUUGCAUCGGCACGCUGAUCCUCUACCUGGGCUACCAGCACAUCUACCGUCAGACCAGCCGUGGUCCCAUUGUGGACCUGCUGGUGACGGCGGCCUUUGCCUUCCUCUGGCUGGUGUCGUCCUCAGCCUGGGCAAAAGGACUGACGGACAUUAAGAUCUUCACUGACCCACAGCAUGUGGUGAUGUCCUGCAAGAACAUUUCCUGUCUGCCAGGGGCAUACCCGUCCAUGGGCCGCCUCAACGCGUCUGUGAUUUUUGGGUUUUUGAACAUGAUCUUGUGGGCGAGUAACUGCUGGUUUAUUUACAAGGAGACUCCUUUCCACACGGACCCGAACGCAGCAGCCAGCAGGGAGGAAGGUGAUGCUCCUGGACCCUAGUCAGCUGGUCCACAACUGUCCGGCCAGCACAAAGCUUUGUCUUUAACACUGACGCUUCCCACACCAACACUAAUGGAGAGCAUUACCCUGAGCGACACACUGUUUUCUAAUUGGCUGUUAAUUUGAGCCUGUUUCCUGUGGCCGGUAAAUGAGCUGAAUACCGUCUUCAUGUUCUGCCUGUUGUCAUCUUCUGUGAGAGACAGUUGAGAGCAGCGUGCAGGUUUUACUUUGAUCUCACUCCAUCCACAUCCUAAUGAUGUCACACAGCACUGUCCUGUAGGGGCGCCUGUUAGCUUUCUGAUGUUCUGCAGCAUUGUUUGUAAAAGGAUUUUUAUUUUUUCAUGAUUUUCAUUGUUUGUGCAAACCCAGAGUUCCCUUUGAGCCUGACGGCUUUCUGCGGUUGACCUGAAAGCUCAUGUGUGGAUGUGUAGUUAUUGUUCUUCAGGGACCUGAUGCCUGGUCUGUGCUCCUGUAGUUCUGAACGAAACAGGAAGCCAUGAAAAACCCGGCCUGAUGGGUUCGCGGACCACUACUGAGAACCGCUUCACAUCCACAGUGUCCAGACAGGGUCACUCAGGAACCCUUCUGGUGAAAUGAGACUUUUUUUUUAACCCAUCUGACGUGAGUGUUGACUUUUAACUCGUCAGAGGACAUGACAAAAUCAGCAGGAGAACUUAAAAACUCAGCCACUCCACAAACAAACCAAACCGUCAGCAUCAUGUCAGAACCUGUUGAGUUCCACCUUCUGAUGUGAUGUUGAACCUUUUUUAUGGCGUCGCACUCCAGGGGGUUUGUUCAUUUUGUAUAUAUAGUGGUUUCACUUUCUGGAACGCCGCACCCCACCAGACGAACGCCGCACCCCACCAGACGAGCGCCGCACCCCACCAGACGAGCGCCGCACCCCACCAGACGAGCGCCGCACCAAACAAACGCCGCACCCCACCAGACGAGCGCCGCACCAAACGCCACGCCACACCCCACUAAACAAACGCCACGCCACGCCCCACCAAACAAAUGCCGCGCCCCACCAAACAAACGCCACACCAAACAAACGCCACACCAGACGAACACCACGCCAAACAAAGGCCGCGCCACGCCAAACAAACGCCACACCCCGCCAGACGAACGCCACACCCCGCCAGACGAACGGCACACCCCGCCAGACGAACGCCCCGCCAGACGAACGCCACGCCAAACAAACGCCGCGCCACGCCAAACAAACGCCGCGCCACGCCAAACAAACGCCGCACCACACCAGACACACGCCAUGCUGCACCAGAUGGACAGCAGCCGCUCCACAUCAGGCUCAUUUAAGCUCCACCUGACUUGUACUUGAAUACUGGAAACUCAUAAAAUCAUAAAGAGGGAACCUGAACAUCAACAAAGUUCAAAUUAAAAAAGAAGCUCCAUGUGACUUAAUGUGUUGAGAACGUGAUGAAUGAAGAAAUGUGCUCCUGUGAAGGUCCUUCCUCUGGGGUUGUUGGAGUUUUAAACUGUAACCACUGAAAGAAAGGUUUAUUUCUCUGACACAUUAAAUUUCUCAGCUCCG